AUGAAAGUCCAUUAUAUUAAUAUAUUGUUGUUUGCGCUUCCAUUAUAUAUAUUGGAUCAUAAACAAAGGAACCAUAACAGCACCACAUAUCAUGCAUCAAAAACAAAAUCAAUAAAAACACAUAGAUCAUUAUGCGAAUGCGAAUUAUACGCACCAUCUGACUAUGACAACGAUGCUGAAAUGAUAAGGGUGAUGCAACAAUUUCAUGAUCGUACAACACAGAGGUUUCAAGAAUACGAUGAAAGGUUGCAGGAAAAUCGACAAAUAUAUAAAGAUACAUGUGAUAAGGAAAUCCAAAAAAUUAUUUUAAAAGAUAAAAUUGAAAAAGAAUUAACCGAAAAAUUUUCUGCGCUACACACGGAUAUACAAAGUGACGGCAUUCCAACAUGUAUUUGCGAAAAAUCGUUAGCAGAUAAAGUGGAAAAAGUAUGUUUGAGAUGUGGAAGUAUAUUAGGUGCGGCAAUGCCUGAAGUGGGUUCAAUAGGUGGAGGUCUUUUAUAUGCUUUAAAUGCCUGGAAAACUGAUGCAAUUGCUGCUGCUACUAAAGCGGCUAUGAUUGAGGGUGCUGCUCAGGGUGCUGUUGCAGGUGAAGCUGCAGGUAGGAACGCAAUUAUUGGAGCAUUAAAAAGAUAUUUCCAUAUAGAUAAUUUAAAUGGAACAUCAUUGAAAUCCUUUUUUAACUCAACGUCUUAUAGUGAUGUCACAACGAUUGCUAGUGCUAUUGAUACUCAAAUGACUGCGUCCUGUGAUGCGUUUUCAGGGAAAAUUGUUAAUCAGGCUUUUUGCGAUGUUCGUAAAACAUUAAGGAUAGUUGCAGAUCCUGGUAAAUCAUUUGUUAAACAGAAAGAUGCUAUAACAGGAGCGGUAACCCAACUUGUUGAAAAAGCUAAAGACACUGCUAGUUUCAAAGCUACUGAGGUAAGUUCUGCAACUUCUUCUAAAAUAAUAACUAAACAGAACGCUUUGAUAGAAGCUGGAUUUGACAGUUCCACAACUUCUAUAUAUGCUUCGAUUAUUGUAAUAUUGAUUAUAGUUUUAAUUAUGGUAAUAAUAUAUUUGAUUUUACGUUAUCGACGAAAAAAAAAAAUGAAGAAAAAACUACAAUAUAUAAAACUAUUAGAAGAAUAG